UCCCUCCUCCAGCCUGCAUCUCCAUGGCAACCACAGCCUCGUUCUCAGGCUCCAGCCCCUUGCCCGCCCCGCCUGGUGGUGAAGCGUCUGGAACUGCAUCCUCCGCAUCCACACCGCAUCCCCGUCCUCCCGCGACUGCGUCCUGCAGCAACUGCCUGUGAGCUGCCUGCUGGGACAAGGACCACCAUCCACCAUGGUGAAGCUGGGCUUCAGCUUCUCUGGGAAUUCAGGCAAGGAGACAGGAGGCCAGGAUGGGGCUGCCAUGGACAGUGUCCCUCUUAUCAGUCCCCUGGAUGUCAGCCAGCUCCAGCCAUCAUUCUCUGACCAGGUGGUCAUCAAAACACAGACAGACUAUCAGCUUACCUCCUCAGACCAGCCAAAGAAGUUUGCAGAUUUGGAGGGUCAAAGGCUGGCCUGCCAAACAGAGGAAGGACGCAGAGUGCCCACUGCAAGGAUGAUCGCCUUUGCCAUGGCACUCAUGGGCUGUGUGCUGAUCAUGUACAAGGCCAUUUGGUAUGACCAGUUCUCCUGCCCAGAUGGCUUCCUGCUUCGGCACAAGAUCUGCACCCCGCUGACCCUGGAGAUGUACUACACGGAGAUGGACACCGAUAACCAAGAUCGCCACCGCAACAUCCUGGCAGCCCUCGGGGCCUACCCUGUGAACCGCAAGCAUGUCACCGAGAUGCCCGCCAUCUGGGGGAACAGCUACCGGCUCCCCAAGGAAGAGCAUAAGGGCCCCACCCCAGCGGCGGUGGUUGUGUCCACUGCAGCGGCAGCGGCAGCGGGCACGGAGCCAUCCAGCAUAGAGCCAUCAGGAAAGCCUUCGGCCAUGAGAGAGGAAGGAGACCCACCGAAGACAGAGGGCAUGCCGUCCCAGGCACCCCAGUGACUGUCGUCCCGUUCCCCUGCCCCCUUCCCCUCCGCCAGUGACUGGGCGUCCCCCACAAGCUACUUGAAAACCUGUGCACCUCCUGAUGCUUCCCCCCCCCCCAGUGAUUGUCCUCCUGCCCCACAGCACCCCGCUGAAGCCCCUGUCCCUGGUGGGCCUCUGGCUCUGCUGCUUUUCUGUAAGUAAAGAUUCACAUCCACCUGA